UACCUCUUCAGCUGUUUCGCUGAUGCAAUACUUGCCAUCAGUUCACUCAUCAGUGAUGAUCACAUCUUAACCACAAUUAUUGUUUAGUGUCUCAAGAAUUUAAGUUUUCCAUUCACUCCAUGUGUCAGUCAUUGUGUCAAUUCGUGUCUUAAUGUCCAUCAAAGUCGGUGAUAACAAACUGUUGACAAUGAGUGACCACAAGAAGUCUGACCUCAACCUAACACCCGUCCAGCGGCUGAUGAGCUCAUGUAUGGGCGCCACAGUCACCGCACUCUGCACCACUCCUUUGGAUGUCGUGAAGACUCGACUUCAGGCGCAACAGAAGGACUCGUUGACCGCAAACAGCGGCCAAAAGGUGGGCGCCGGUAGGCAUGCGGUUAAGGGAUCGGCAGUUGUGGCCAAUCGACUGAACGGACACUUCGGAGAGACGUUUGAAAUGUUUGUCAAAAUUAGUCGAACCGAAGGCCUCACCUCUUUAUGGAGUGGACUCCCGGCCACACUAGUGAUGGCAGUGCCGGCGACUGCACUAUAUUUCGCAGUUUACGAUGAGUUACGCGAAUCCCUUAACCGGAGCCUACAGUUAGCCCAUCAGCCCGUAUGGGUACCCGUCCUUUGCGGAGGAGUGGCCCGCACUCUGACCGCCAUAACCGUCAGUCCCAUCGAAAUGAUUAGAACUAAAUUGCAGUCAAAACACAUGACAUACAGACAAGUGGGUCGAGCGCUGGACACUCUGGUGCGGACUCAGGGCUAUCAGUCCCUAUGGCGUGGUCUGAGUGCCACCAUUCUGAGGGUCGUUCCCUUUUCGUGCAUAUAUUGGGCUAACUAUGAGUUCCUGAAGUCGCGAUUCAAUGACACAUUACAGCCCACAUUUAUGGUGAGCUUUCUGUGCGGUGCCGGCGCUGGAACUGUAGCCUCAGUGGCGACCAUUCCCUUCGAUGUCGUCAAAACGCACCGACAGAUCGAUUGGAGUGAUUCACGCCCUCAACGAGUUUAUCAUAUUUUGCGACAAAUAUACCGAAAUCAGGGCUUCAAAGGACUAGCUAUGGUUAUACCAGGAAUGGGCGUCUACUUCACGUCCUACGACUUAAUGCGGGUAUACCUGAGCCAGAAGUUUGAGUGCGUGGACUCCCAGCCCGCGUGGAUUCCCAUAUUGUCCGGUGGUUUGGCCCGAACUCUGGCCGCAGUUAUCAUAAGUCCAAUAGAAAUGAUCAAAACUAAGAUGCAAUCCAAACACUUCUCGUACUCACAAGUGGGUCGUGCGGUCAGACAUAUGGUGCGCACACAGGGCUACGGCUCGCUGUGGACCGGCAUUAACGCCACGAUCCUCAGAGACGCCCCCUUUUCAUCAGUCUAUUGGUUAGUCUACGAGAAGAUGAAGAGACAACUGAACGCACCGAUAGAGCCGCCGGUGUCCGUGAGCUUCGUGUGCGGCGCCACCGCCGGAACGGUAGCCGCGCUGAUCACCCAUCCCUUCGAUGUGGUCAAAACGCACCGUCAGAUUGAGUUGGGAGAAGUGAGUCACAGCUCAAGACAUCACUACAAGACUUCAGACAUUUUAGCCAAUAUUUACCGACAGAAUGGCUACAGAGGACUGUUUGCCGGUAUAUCCCCGCGUGUUAUGCGUAUCGCACCGGCAUGUGCCAUAAUGAUCACCACUUUUGAAUGUGGAAAGGCUUACUUCAGACAGUAUAAUGACUCGAAAUUAGGAUAA